GUUUUAUACAGACUGUUCCUUCUCUGCUGAGGAGUGUCAGAGCGGAGCGUGGCGGCAUCCCAGCUCCAGUCCGGGACAAAAGCACCCAAGAGCAGCUCCAACGUCCAGCAUACAGACGGGCAGAAGAAGAACAUGAUGAUGAUGAUGCAGUCCGGCCUGGAUGACGUGACCAAGCAGCGGAUGUUGCAGGCGAGGGCUCUGUCCAGGGAGGCCAGGGGAGGACUGAACCUGGGGAAGAAGAUCAGUGUUCCAAAAGACGUGAUGAUGGAGGAGCUCAACCUCCCCUCUAAUCGAGGCUCUCGCAUGUUUCAGGAGAGGCAGAGGAGGGUCGAGAAGUACACGCUGGAGAACGCCACCGACGGUGCUUACAACACCGGCACUGUUCAUCUCGAGGCCGUUCCUCCCCCGCAGAUCAUCCUGGAGCCACAGGGAGGGAAAGAGAACCAGGCUUUCUCCAUCCCUGGUAAGCAUAGCCUGGUCAUGAACCUUCAGAAGACUGUAGCAAAGAAGGGCAGUCCUGAUGUCCUGGCUCCAGGAUAUUCUGGCCCCCUGAAGGAAAUUCCUCAUGAGAAGUUUAACACAACAGUAAUCCCCAAAUCCUACUGCUCCCCGUGGAGGGAAGCUUUGGGAGACAAUGAGGAGCUCCUGAACGUUAUCAAUGCCCAGCUGCCCCAGCUCCCACAAGGACUGCAGCCCGCCAACUACAGGUGCUUCAACAGAUCUCCAAGGCCAUUUGGAGGCACUGUGGCCAGCAAGAGGGUGAUCCCAGUGAUCGGCUUUGAGGCAGUUGAAUCCCAGAAGCUUCCACCCGUUGCUCCGGACCGCCUGUGUCGACGGCCCAACUUCAACAGAGCACCCAAGGGAUGGGGAAUCGAUUACAGCCCUGAGUCGAAUGAACUAUGAAAAUGAGUUGAUAAGCUAAAGACUGAAGCACUGACUUAUGCUUGCACUUCUCCUCCGACAAAGAUGCCCUCCGUUAAUCAGAGGGCACUGAAGGGGAGAGAAAAAAAAUAACACUUGUGCAUGAUAUGAAGUGGUUUGCUACUGCUGAGUGGUUUGACCAGCUGGGGCAAACGCCGAAUGCUGGAAUCAGUUCAUUACACACACUGACAAGUCUCAAGACAAUGCUGCCACAGGCUCAUCAGUGAUACCUAUUCUUCCUGUCUGACACCUCUAGCGCUAUCUGAUCCCAUCAAUGUCUCAAUAACAGACAGCCCUUUUCUUUCACACUGCAGCUUUACAUCUUCUUCUCCACACACAACCACAAAUUGCUGCAUAAAUAAUGCCGAGUAUCAUAUACUGAGAUGAUCGAUGAGAAAAAAUGAGUCAUUUUAAUGGACAAGUGAAAACAAUUCAAAUCCGAACAAUAAACUAAGUCAUUAUGCUGUGGAAUAUUAAGAUUGUGUCAAAUAAAAAAAAAGUCAAUGCAACUGAAAA